GCGCCGCAUGUGGGGUUUAUCCCUUGCUUAUUUUCACACAUUUAAUGUGUCCAAUUUAAGGGUCUUAAAAUUUCCAGUGCGAAAUACAAGUGGUACUGCUACCAGUUUGUGGUGAACGAGUUGUUGUUUUAAUUUGACACUGUAAUCAAUUUAGUGUCAGUUCAUUUACUUUGGCCUACGAAAGAGGCAGUGGGCAAGAUUAGAGUGUCAGUAUUCUGUUAUCUGUUUCAAGAGAAGCAAUGUUCACUAGUUAGCACUGGGUAAUAUUAUGUUGGGGUUAACUGAUAACGUCUAUUUUCAUUUUUAAAUUACCACAAGGUAAUAUUUUGUCGAAUACUGAGUUAUAACCGGAUAAGUACGGGGGCCGUCGCAUCAAGGGCGAUAACUCCUCCAUUCAUACGUGCAGAGAUCCAAAGGCCGAAUCUCAAUACGAUUAAGCAAACAAAUAGUUGUCACCUUGGGGACGGCGACGCUCAAAUGCAAGCGGCCUACUAAGAAAGCCAUAUUGAACAGAUAAUGCCCCGACUCGAAUGUGUAUGGUUGGUCGGUUGUGUUGUAGUGGAAGUGAUACAGUGGCAAUGAGGAUUCAGAGGGAAUGUUUGGAGAAUGUUACAGAUCCACCUUCAGUUGGCUAACGGGAUACCAUUAAACAAUUAGGAUACUGUCGAAAGAUGUUGGACGUGUACAACUAUACUGGAUCUUCCCUAUCCAGUACAAUGAAGCAUCCACAGUCCAAUCGGGAAACCUAUGAGUUUAACCUGGGAAAGGCUCCAGAACUGAGAUGUGUUUUUUCACAAAAGGCAACUGUGUGUGGAAAAUGUGAAACAUGCGAGUUAAAUGACCGACUCAAAUAUGUUAAGGAAUGGUUCCCCCGCUUUGGAGACCAUUCCCAAAAACGCUUCAUGUUGGGAUUGAUGAGACGCAUACACAGUAUUAACCUACUACAACAAUUAGUGACUCUUCUUCAACCGUUACUGAACAAGGACUAUACCUAUGCUCGGAUGAGAACAUGCCCAAGUUUACGGACAGAUACAAUGACACUUAGUUCCGAUCGGAGUUUAUCAUCCGGUGCUGUUGAGUACUACAUUACCUCGACAUGGGACUGGUUUGCAAAAUCAAAUUAUUGGUCAAAAUCAAAUUUUGCCCUGGCAUUAUUGCGUUUGUGUGAUGUUCAUCUUCUACAUAUUCUUGGGACGCAAGCAAGAACAUUACUCAUCUCCGAGGAGAACGCAUGUGGGGGCCAUGAAGACUUGACUCACACUGAGGCACCAUCGGUUGCUGCUUCAGACUAUUCCUUUGAUUCGGACGACCAUCGGGAGCUUCUUUUUCUUCAACAGACCAAUUCACACUAUGGUCGAAUACGCUCAGACCCUUUCACUGGAGAAUGUAUUGAUGAGUAUGAUCAGGAUAUUAUCAAUGAUGACAGUGGAGAUGACAGUCUCUCUGGAUCAACUGACCUCUCCAUUGACCCAGCUUGCAUGGUGGUGUCUACUUCAUCUAAAGCUUACUCUGGGGUGUCUCGGUAUCGCGACUUCAUCCGGUUGUUGCCUGUACAUCUGUCUAAGUAUAUUCUGAGCCUUUUAGACAGACCGACACAACAGAACGCACUCUGUGUGAGCCAGAACUGGAGGGUUCUGAUCCAGGAAGUUCACAAGGAGUUCUAUGUCAAUCAACAGCUCUGGGAGGAGGUCAUGUUGAUGCAGGGAGCAGCAGCACAAGGCGUGAACUCCGUCUAUGCCAAUGAUGUGGAUGUGAUAGUUCCCCGGAUUGACACCGACACCAACGAUGUCAUCCUCACUGAUGGUGCUGUCAUCAAGACGAUGUUCAAGAGUGAGAUCAACUUCAACACCGCGUACAGCGGCCUGGCCACCAUGAAGGUCAUCAUGGAGGAGAGGAAUGUCUACUGUGGAGCCUACAACGUCAUGGUGAUCUGCGACCAGGAGGACAUCCACCGAGUGAUGCACACUGAUGGAGGACAGACAAUAGCCCUGGGGUCCAAGGACCGCAAGGUUCGCUUCAUUGACUGUGAGUCUGGGAAAGAGAAGGGGCCAGUGAUCACAGGUCAUGCUGGAUCCGUCCGUUGUACCUACCUCUGUGAGAAGAAGGGCAUCGUGCUGAGUGGAAGCUACGACACCAGUGUCAGGUGCUGGUCUAUUGAAACUGGGCAGUGUCUAAAGAUAUUCCGAGGUCACCGAGACACUGUUGUGACAAUUAUUGUACAUGGAGAGACUCUAGCAACGGGGUCCAAAGAUUCCUCCUGCAAGGUAUGGAACCUACAGACAGGAAAAUGUUUGCGAACCUUCCGCCACCGCCACCCUGUUCUAGCUGUAGCGCUGUCUAAGGAUCGUUGUAUCUCAGGGUGUGAGUCAGGCAGAGUUAAAGUGUGGAAUGUCGAGUCAGGGGAACUCAUUAAGAGAUUAUCAGGCCACCAGGGCCCAGUGACAGCCAUCAAGUUUGACCGCUGGCAUAUUAUCACAGGCAGUAAGGAUGGCUAUGCCUUGGCAUGGAGUGCCUUGGGAAAACACUCUCGCUGUCUACAAGCUCUCAGACAUCCCAAAGAGGUGCUCUGUCUGGAGUUCAUGUACCUCCGUGUCAUCACGGGAUCAGCUGAUGGCCGCCUCAGGAUCUGGAAUAUCCGAACUGGUCAGUGUUGUCGCAUCAUGAGAGGCAACAGUCGCAGUGACCCAAUCCACUCCAUCAUAGCUAUGGGAGAUAGGAUCACCCUGAACACUCACAACAACCUGCUUGUACUGAACUUUGAGAAGGUUGACUGGGACUACAGCCUGGAGACAGACAAGGUGCCCUCCAUGGUGCAGUACAGUUCCUACUCCGACUCCCCGGUCAGACAGCAGCCCUACUCCUACAUCCGGGCCCAGAGGAUGAAGGUGGCAGGAGCGGCCAACAAGAAGAUCAUCAACCAUGAUGGCAAGCUGGAUGAGCCACUGAGGUACACACCCCAGAUGCAGACCUCAUUUCGUGCUCCUCAGAUACCUCACAGCGCUAAGACACUCAGUACUCACUCUCUGUCUGAGGCGAGGAUGAUCCAGUUCAGUAGGGGAACAUCUGGUCUGGAGAGUCAUGAGUGGGCACCGUUAGGUCCAGGUUUUGCCACUGAAUCGCGUAUCACCUUUCAAACUGACCAUGGUCAGACCCUGUCACCUCCCAACAGCCCCUUUAAGAAACCGCCUCUGUCACCUCAAGCUCAGUCGUCAGCUCAGUCUCGGACCCGGCCAGGAACAUCCAAGUCGGGCAAGGGACAGCCCACUGUUACUAUUUUAGAGCAGAAGCCAGACCAUAUGGAUGAAGACGAUGUGCCGACGGAACCUCCUGUUAUACAUCGCAGAGUCUCAUGGGCAUUUGAUAAACCUCUCAAUAACAAAUCAAAAGAUUUUAGUUUGUCUGAAAUGAAGUCUUUGCUUCGAUCUCAAAUUAGAAUGAGAGCUGAAAGUGUAGUUCCUCCAGACUUUAUAUAUUUGACUGUAAAUACAAUUCAGAACUCCAUGAAACCGAGUGAAACAAGCAGUAACACUCGGAAUAAUAUGAGAGAUAUUGAAGUUGUUCCCUACACCCAAAAGCAACGCCCAUCGUCCUCCCCUGGAAAGAUCGAUCCCAGGACUAAAGUACCUAUUGAAGAACUUGGUCUGGAACAGUUCAUUCCUGUAGGACAAGGGGAAACAAUAUCUGACUACUCGGAUCUUAGAUCUGUGCGUUCACUCCGAACCAAGGAACAACCAAAGCCUCCACCAAUACCACCGAAAGAGUCCAUCGCAACUCAUUGUGUAUCCACUCCCAUCAACCCAUCUCGACACAUGAGCAUCCAUCCUAAGAGGAUCAAGUCAACACUGCCCCGAGGUAGGGUCAUCCGACCAAUAUCUGCUGCAGUAAUGCAGAGGACAUCAGCUCAUCAACCUCGCAGAGAACCCAAGUCCCAGCGUCCCGUGACAGCCCCAAAUUUGACCCGCCCCAUCACCUCGACGUCCAUCCCUCCCAGCAUUGCAACAGCACUGCCAGGAGCACCAGUCCACCGCCCUAAGUCACGUGGGCUGUCGUCCUCACAACACACAGCCAAUGUAGUCCCAAUGCUCAUGUAUUCCAAAGAGGUGAAGGACACUAUAGAGAUGUUCAAGCAAAGACAGAAGGACCGGGAACAGCUAAUCCCUCGAUCAGCAAGUGAGCCUAGUCUGGGAAAAGUCAGUCCAUUUAAUGAUCCUUUGAGAAGUCAUGUCAGAUUUGAGCUCCGCACACACAAACAAGAAAAAGAGUACAUCAACGACAUUGAGACCAUGCAUCGCGAUCAGAGACAGCGGGAAGAGGAUACACUGGAGAAAAAGAAGAGAGCAGCAUGGUUGGCUAGGGUCAAGGGCAAAGAAGUCAAGGACAUUCCAAUGACUGUUAGUGUGCCAAAGUUAGACCUAAGCCAGUAGACACUUUAUUUAAUUGAAACUGUUUCACAAAAAGCAUGACUUAGAGACAACCUGCCAGUUUAGAAAACAACAAAAACUUUAAUAAUUCCAAUUCUACAGAGAACUCUUAUAAAUGAUUACCAAGCUGAUGAUUUGUGUGUUGGACAGGUUUGUGUUUAUUACUUGGUCCAUUCCACCAUCGCACUUAAGGAAUCAAAUUAGAUCCUUCCAUGUCUCUUGUCCGUUUCAAUAAUAACCAAACCUCCAAUAGUACAUCAAUAUUAUGAACUCUUUUAAUUUGUAUUUUUACGAAGAAACAUAUUUCUUUCAUUAAAUCCUUUGUAUUUCAUUAUAACUUAAGAAAGCGUGAUAAGAAAUUUGUUUUGCAAUUUUACUUUCAAAUUCCAUUUUUCCUAUUGUUUAAGGUUUUUAAUUGCUAAUAAUUAAGAACAUCUUUAAACAUUCUUCACAACAAAUCUUAAGGUUAUUUUUGUUAUAGUAUAAAAACGUGGAAAAAAAUGCUUUAAAAUAGUUUUCCUGUGUAAAGUAUGCCAGUGAUUGGAUAUAAACUACUGUAUCGAGUGUUGUAUUGAAAGUGCCAUUGUGAUGCCUUUGAGAAGGGUUAGGGUUAAGUGAUGAUGUGUUAACUAACAUAUGAGUGUGAUACAUGUCUGUUGUACUUCAUGCUAUCUCAACAAACUCUCUGAUGUAUAGGAGUGACAUGCGAUCUUAAAGCUUACAAGUCACAGAUACUCUCUAACACUUUGUCAGACAUAACAGAAAAGGUAUAGUAACUGUUGAAAUGAGACUAUUAACAGACCUGUUCAUGUUUAGGCAAGCAGGACAAACUAGCUGUAUUAACACUGUCCAAUUGAAGUAAAAUUAGAAUGUGAAAUUCAUAUACUUCUAUGUAUACGAUAAAAUCCACUCUAAAAUCAAUGGUUAAGGUAGGCAUUAUGAUAAUAUGUUAGACCAAUUUAAUAACUUGUUUUACAUUAUUUUAUACCAAAAAUACCCAAAUCCAGAAUGGGAUCAAAUCAGUGACCUAAUUAUUACUGCAUUGUGCCUCUCAGAAUAUUAUCUUGUGUAUAAGACACAUAUAGCUUUCUCUGCUGAACGAUUGUGGGGGCAUUGUAUCCUUUCUCCUCAUGUUGAGUAUUUACUGAACCAAGCAAGAAACGACAGUCACAAUUUCCCCACUGUAGGUUUGGAGAUAUAGGUUACUCGACACAGUUAUUCCCCAUUACAGAUUUACUUGUAUAUUCUGCUGAGGGGAAGACCUAUAAAACAAGUGAUAAAAAAUUUCUUGCAGUAGUUACAAUUUUGGUGUGAUGCUGAAUGUUAAACAUAUAAAGCCAUAUUAGAACUUAUAUAAUCACCAAGAAGCCUAUUUGCCAGUGAAAUUUCCAAGAUAUCAGACUUCCAACACCUGACAGAAUGUGUUUUAUAAGAUUAUACACUAGGUUGUAAACAAACAAAACAAAUUAGGAAGAAUAUUUACUCACAGGUUAGCCUUCAACAUUUGCCAGUUUAUUCAUUGUUUGUUGUUUGCAAGAGUUUGUAUUUUAUUAACAAAUGUGUUGUACAUAUAAGCUAUGUAAUGCCAGUUAGUGCUACGUGUGUCUCAGCAGCAGCCGUUUGAGGUCUCUAUUCCAUGUAUUCCCAAAGUCAUAUUACUCUGUACAGUGAAACCCUGCUCAUCCAGACAGCACUGUUCCCAGUUAAAAGAUUCAGGUACUAGUAUAUAGAUCCCCCAAUUAAUUAUGUGAGAUGAAAUGGGGCUUAAGAAAGCGUUCAAGUAUAUUGCACUUAUAUAGCAAAAUUAUGUAUGCACCUGCAUACAUGUGUGUUUGUCAGUGUGUGUAUGGCUGCUUGAACUAGUUCGGACAAAUGCUGGUUUUAUAGUGCUAGCCAACUGAGAUACCAUACCACAUAUGUAACAUGAAUACUCCACUCAGACACAGUAUACGAGUCCUUGAUUUAUCCCCUUAGUGCUGAGCUCAAGGCAGGGUAACAAGAAGUACCAUCUGUUAACGUCUUUUGGUAUGACGUGGACUGGGAUCAAACCCCCGACCUACUGGGCAGACGCUUGGUCAACGGAGGCGCUCAACAGUUAAUGAAUCCUGGGUAUGGGUGUAAAUCCCUUUAUGUUUGUUCAGUACAUACACAACAGAAGUUGUCUGGAAUGCAGGGAUUCUGGAUUAACGAGGUCCUGACUAUUGAGGUUUGACUGUAGUUGGCUGAUUUGGUUCAGUGUGAUUGUAUACCCAAGUUACAAUGUCAGUAUUACAUGUAUUCAUAUAUCUGUUUGUUUCAGUGUUGUGAAAAAUUACUAAGUCUUGAAAAUGAUGCAAUCUGGAGUUUUUCUUUUAACUGGAUUGUGAUAAAAAAAUUGUCUAUACACAUACAAACUUUCCAUAUACAUAAGUAACCUGUGUCUUCAAUCUCAGAAAAUAUACAUGUGCAGUGGAAAGAUUAUUUCUGUUGCUGUGAACUGAUACAAAUUUUAUUUUCCGACAUAAGACAGAUUGAAAGUCAUCUUCAAAUCCUUCCAGAUAUUUCCAUGUGUUUAUGUACACUUUACUAGGUUUUCUAUUUUUAUAUACCAAAGUCUGUGAUAUCUUGAUUUAUAUUGGUCUGUUGGAUGAAAAACAGAAUAAAAUAAAUAUCCCAAAUAUGUA